AUGGUUUCAGGCCCAGCGGCAGAGGGUGAGGUUGGGCAGGAGGAAGCACCCCCGGCACCGACACCUGGUGAGCCUGAUGAACCGAGUGAAGGUGCGUCCACUUCGAAUGGUGCUUCUGCGUCUCAUGGAGCGACUGAGCAUGAGGAGGUAGGUGAAACAGAAAAUGAGCCUGGUGUUGAACGUGGUUUGAAAAGGAAGGCAGGGGUAGCAGGUGGAGAGGAUGGGGGUUGUGCUGAGGCGGUGACUGUGGUAGAUCAAGAGCAGGAUGCGGUAAGACCCGCAGUCGGACAGUGGUGUGAGGGCCAAGCCCGGUCUAGAGCAUGGUGGAGAGCCGUGGCCCACUUCCCACUUCCCCCAGGAGGAGCGCUGAGGGUCGGCUUUAACUCCAGGAAGCAGCAGCACAUCAUGAAGAAACGCAGCUGGUUUGUGCUCGAAAGCAGAUCGCUCUACUUCUACAAGGACCAGGAGGAGACCAAACCCCAGGGUUGUAUUGCACUGAAGGCCAGUCAGGUGCAUGAGCUGACAGCAAACCCUGAGGAGCCGGGAAAACACCUGUUUGAAAUCAUCCCUGGUGCGUCGGGGGAGAAGGAGCGCUCCGGGGUCAGUCACGAGGCCUUCCUGCUCAUGGCCAACUCCCAGAGUGACAUGGACGACUGGGUCCGCGCCAUCAGGCGGGUCAUCUGGGCGCCCUUUGGAGGAGGGAUCUUUGGCCAGCGUCUGGAGGACACAGUGCAGUACGAGCGGAAGUUGGGCCGGAGUGCGCGUCUAGCGCCCCUGCUGGUGGAGCAGUGUGUGUGUUUCAUCCGCCAGCGCGGCCUCGCAGAGGAGGGGCUCUUCAGGAUGCCCGGCCAGGCCAACCUGGUCAAGGAGCUGCAGGACGCCUUCGACCGCGGGGACAAGCCUCAGUUCGACAGUAACACGGAUGUCCACACGGUAGCGUCGCUGCUGAAGCUCUACCUGAGGGAGCUGCCUGAGCCGGUCAUUCCUUUCGCCAAGUACGAAGACUUCAUCUCCUGCGCCCAGCUGCUGUCCAAAGACGAGGAGGAGGGAGUACAGGAGCUGGUUAAACAGGUGAAGUCUCUCCCGCCAGCCAACUACAGCCUGCUCAAGUACAUCUGCAGGUUUCUGGACGAAGUGCAGUCCCACUCGAGUGAGAACAAGAUGAGUGUGCAGAACCUGGCCACCGUGUUCGGACCCAACAUCCUGCGGCCCAAAAUGGAGGACCCUGUGGCCAUCAUGGAGGGUACAUCCCUGGUGCAGCAUCUGAUGACAGUUCUCAUUAGUGAGCACGAGCGUCUGUACCCAAGUGACCCCGACGCAGCGGAGGCGGGUGCCCAGGACGAGAGCCCCCCCGUGGGGCAGCGUGCGGUCAGCCAGCCCCCCCCCAGCCUGGCUGGCUGGAUCUCCGAGGAGGACCUGCAGGGGGCGCCGACCCCCCCGGCCAGCGAGGACACCACCAGCGGCAGCUCCUGCUCCUUGCUCACCCCCCAGCCCCGAGCUGACCCCACGUCUGCCACCAGCCCCAGCAAGCAGCCCAAGAGCGCCCCCUCCUGGAAGUACUCCUUCAAAGGGCCGGCGCCAAGGCCCGGGGACGAGGGGUGGCGGCCAGGGGCUGGGGGCUCCGGGGGGGGGGGGGGCAACUGGCUGAUGAACGGGCUGUCGUCGCUACGGGGUCACCGACGCGCGUCGUCAGGGGAGCGCACGCGGGACUCCGGCUCCUCCUCCUCCCACAGACUGUCCACCUAUGACAACGUGGCGUCCUGCUCCUCGCUGGCCAGCGCUGGGGGCGGGGUCGAGGGCGGGGCCAGUGGGUCCAGCUCGCCGUGGUCCGCCUCGUCCUGCGAGAUCUCCGUGACAUCACCGCCGCCGGACUCGACCGCUGACCACGCCCCUGAGCCACAGCAGCAGGUGGCGCCAGCGAGUCCGAGCAGAGACGAGAUGACAUCAUCCGCCCCCGAGGAGCAGGAGGACGCCGCCGCCGUCGCCAUGGAGAUCUACGUCAGCGGGGCCGACCGUAGCGACCGCACCAACGCCCGGGCGGAGGACAGUGUGGACAACUCGCAGUCCCUAGGCAACCUGGUAGUCGACCUGAAGGAGGAACUGAGGAGGCAGAAGACGGCGUAUGAGGCCCGCAUCCAGAAGCUGGAGGACUCCAGUGCGGCGCUGUGCUCCCAGAUGGAGCGGCUGGAGCAGGAGAUGGAGCAGGAGCGCAAGAGGCAGCGCAUGCUAGAGAUCAAACUCCGCAACUCGGAGCGCGCGCGCCAGGACGCCGAGAACCGCAACCGGCUGCUGGAGCAGGAGAUGGAGGAGUUCUUCUCCACCCUCGGAGACCUGGCGCUCGGAGCACGCACCAGCGACAUCUGAACACCAAGUGUGUGUGUGUGUGUGUGUGUGUGUGUAUGUGUGUGUGUUACCUGACGCUCGGAGCACGCACCAGCGACAUCUGAACACCGUGGUGUGUGUGUGUGUGUGUGUGUGUGUGUUACCUGGCGCUCGGAGCACGCACCAGCGACAUCUGAACACCAAGUGUGUGUGUGUGUGUGUUACCUGGUGCUCGGGGCAUGCACCAGCGACAUCUGAACAGUGUGUGUGUGUGUGUGUGUGUGUGUGUGUGAGAGAGAUGAAGGAGUUCUUCUCCACCCUCGGAGACCUGGAAAUCAGCAUGCUCAGGUCCCGCACCAGCAACAUCUGAACACUUAGUGUACAGUGUGUGUGUGUGCACAUGUGUGUGUGUGUGCACAUGUGUGUGUGUGUGGGCACGUGUGUGUGUGUGUGUGCACAUGUGUGUGUGUGUGCACGUGUGUGUGUGUGUGUGUGUGUGUGUGUGCACGUGUGUGUGUGAGCUCCUCUCCUGACCGUUGCUCGUGUGGACCUGAGAUGCGUCCCUUCCGUCUCCUCAGGUGGACACCAGGGGCCAGGUGCUGAGUGUGUCCACACACACACACACACACACACACAGAGGUGUGCUCAGACCAGGUGCUGAAUGUGUCUGGCCUCUCUGGAUCCCAUCCAGUGGACAUACAGGGUGUGACAUCAUAUGGAUAAACCACCUGGAACGUCAUAUGGAACGAUCUGGAAUGUCAUAUGGAUAAACCCAUCUGGAACGUCAUAUGGAACGAUCUGGAACGUCAUAUGGAACGAUCUGGAAUGGCAUAUGGAUAAACCCAUCUGGAACUUCAUAUGGAACGAUCUGGAACGUUAUAUGGAUAAACCAUCUGGAACGUCAUAUUGAACGUCAUAUGGAUAAACCAUCUGGAGCAACAUAGGGAUAUGGAACAAAAGACUGAUAUAUCAAGUGGGACAUUAGAUUGAUAUAUAAUAUAAUAUAUGGGACUUUAGAUUGAUAUAUAAUAUAAUAUAUUGAUAUAUAAUAGAAUAUAUGGUACUUUAGAUUGAUAUAUAAUAUAAUAUAUGGGGCGUAGCAUGUGAGGCAUUAGACUGAUGUAUGAUCUGGACCGUUAGAGGACAUACGGGACCUUCGAUUGAUAUAUCAUAUGGGACAGUAAAUGGGCAUGUGGGACAUGUUAGAUAUAAAUAUAUCAUCUGGAACUGAAUCAUCUAUAUCAUCAGGACUACUGCCGAGACAUUAGAUACAUAUAUCCUAUGAGACAGUAGAUUUAUAUGGGGCAUUAGAUAGAUAUAUCAUCUGGAACAUCAGGACCACUGCCGAGACAUUAGAUACAUAUAACCAGGGGCGCUGCAAGAAAAUUUGGGCCCAAUAGCAGACAAUAAUUCUGGGCACCCCCGAUAUAUAUAUUAUUCCACUGCUUGGUUGAAUUUCCCAUUGUCCUACGUAAUUUAGAACCACCAUUAACCGUAUGUUAUUUGCACACCUAUGAAGUAG